UUGGGGAAGCCAAUUUUUUUUUUUUUUUUUUUUUUUUAACUUUUUGUAGCACGUCUGGUUUGCUCUAUGGAUUUAAGUGCUUCUAGGCAGUAUUAUGUGGAGGUUGUGCCUCGGCUUCUGGCAUGAUUGAUCCAGGUGGUGUGCUGUAGUGUGCUGAUGUCCCCCACGUCAGCGCUCCUUCGGUGGAGGCUGCUGUCCUGGUUCUUCUGGGUGUUCUGGUUUCUCGUGUCGUGUGUGCGUGUGCGUGUGCGUGCGCGCGCGUGUGUGGAGGGGGGUCCGGGUUGACUUUGUCCUGAUUUGCCUUUUCUUUCUCUUUUUUCACGUCGCUUUUUGAUUGUUUGGCAGGGCUGUAAUUAACCCAGGGCAAGACCCUUGCAAAACUGUGGGCUAAUAUUUGAGCUGGUAAUGUGCGUCUUGUGGUGUUAUAAAUAAAUGUUUUGUUUAUAUGGAGUCCCGUCUCUGCCCAUCAGUGAUGCGUUCCAGUAUGGGUACCAGGGGUGAAAUUUUCCAUGAGGGUCGUUGUCGGAGCUUAAUAACCAUUAAAUUGGUUUGAGCUUUGGGGCCGUUUUGCAACAUAACUCCCAGUGUCUUUUAUCACCUCGCCACAUUUACAUGAGCCCAAAACUAAACGAUAGACAACCCAGGUGAACAAAUAUAAACUGUUUCCAUAACAACACAACCUAGUCGAGGCAAACGCCACACAGGGCUUAUUGUCCAAACUUUCCUUUGUGUUAAAUUAAGCCAUUCCUGGCUCGAUUUUAGAUGCUCAAAUGACACCUGGAAUCACAGUUUGGAUUAUAAAGAAAAGAGGCGGACAAGAGAACCUGAUAAAGUGUGAUGACAAACCAGGGGUGACAGAUCAUCCCUUUUCCUUCUGUCUCUCCCACCCUCCUCUCCUCUCCAGACAGGGUUGGGCCAAACAGCAGGUGGUGCAGAAGAGAAGCCCGGAUAUGGGAUAUACAAAUCUCAGGCUCUCUGACUUCUGCACCGGACCCGCAUGGAGGAGCAACAAAUCCCAAAUUUUAAAACCUCAGGUGUCACAGCAACAGCAUCUCUGGUCAAGGCUUGCUGAAUAAAGAUCCACAUGGACUUGGAGAAACAAAGCAGUACUCAAAUCAAAUGACUUAAAAGAGGGGAAUGAAAGUCACCCUUUAAUCUCAGGUCAUCAGUUUGGACAAUGUGGAUGACGUCAGUGAUCAGAUUACAAAAGGCAAUGUUGAUUUAAAGACAUGGAGGUCCUUCUGUUUUGUGUCUGCAAUCUAAUAGCAGAUGAAUCUUAAUGUUAACAUGGGGUCAAACAAGUCAUGAGUGCUUUGCUCCACUCCCCUGACUUCUUUCAGCACACCAAACUAGCAUAGAUGAUUUAGCAUUUAAAGAGAUGUAACUGGGAACGAAUAUGAUCUAAUGAUGUAGUAGGUACAGGUGACUUGUAUGUGGCCUAUGAUUCAAGACAGUCCAACCGCAGUCAGCAUGGAAGUGCAGACAACCUCUUUGGUCUGGUUAUAUGUUAACACUACAGAACAACUGAACACUUCGUAUGAUUACAACACAACGGAUUUGGUGGAAAAUGUAGACAAAUACCCGUCUUACAUUAUUGGUCUCUUCCUGUCCUGCCUUUACACCAUCUUCCUCUUUCCUAUUGGAUUUAUUGGUAACAUCUUAAUUCUGGUGGUGAACCUGAACCACAGAGAGAAGAUGACCAUCCCCGACCUUUAUUUUAUUAACCUGGCUGUAGCAGACCUCAUCCUGGUGGCAGAUUCCCUCAUCGAGGUCUUCAAUCUGAGCGAGAAGUAUUAUGACUAUGCCGUCCUCUGCACUUUCAUGUCCCUUUUCCUGCAGGUCAACAUGUACAGCAGCAUCUUCUUUCUCACAUGGAUGAGCUUUGACCGGUAUGUUGCCUUAGCUAGCUCCAUGAGCAGCAGCUCACUGAGGACUAUGCAACAUGCCAAGCUCAGCUGUGGCCUCAUAUGGAUGGCCUCCAUACUGGCCACCCUUCUCCCUUUCACUAUUGUGCAGACCCAGCACAGGGGUGAGGUGCAGUUCUGCUUUGCCAACGUUUUUGAGAUUCAGUGGCUGGAGGUAACCAUUGGCUUUUUGGUGCCCUUUUCCAUCAUUGGUCUAUGCUACUCUCUAAUUGGGCGCAUCCUCAUGAGGGCUGAGAAGCACCGUGGAUUGUGGCCACGGCGGCAGAAAGCCCUGCGCAUGAUCGUGGUGGUGGUUCUUGUCUUCUUCAUCUGCUGGCUGCCAGAGAACGUCUUCAUCAGCAUCCAGCUGUUGCAGGGCACAGCUGACACCUCACAGCAGACUGCUACCACCCUGUGGCAUGACUAUCCGCUGACAGGCCACAUUGUUAACCUGGCAGCCUUCUCAAACAGCUGCCUCAACCCAAUUAUCUACAGCUUUCUAGGAGAAACCUUCCAGGACAAGCUACGUCUUUUCAUUAAGCAGAAAGCCAGCUGGUCAGUAGUGAACCGCUUUUCCGACCAUGGCCUUGAUCUCCACCUCCCUGCCAGGAGCGACGUGUCAGCGGUGUGACUGCUAAAAAAAGGGAUUAUUUAUAAAAUGAUGUAUCACCUAGUGUGAAAUAUUGCCUCAUCUUUCAACCGUGAUGUAGCCCUGCCUCAGCUAUACUAGUACCUGCUCACCUUCUGGUAAAAAAAAAAAAAAAAAAAAGCACCAAGGAUGUGUACUCGAAGGACGGAAUUCACUUGAUGUGUGUAUUUUUGAGUAGAUAAUAUACUUACAGCACUGAAAGCUAUUUUCACAUUAAUCUGCUAUAUAUGAUGGCAGGGCAGUAAAAUGUUUGCAUCUGCCCUGGGUGCUUUGUGGACAUGUGAGGCGAUCUGUGGCUGUGUUACAGUUAAAGCAGCAUGUGUAGAGGAGAUAUUCUGCCACAAACUCUAAUCCAACUUGACUGCGUGAGAAGGGUCAUUUCAGGUAAAACCUGUAUGUACUUGCACAUGUAAAAAAUAGAUUGUGCUUAUCUAGAAACUCACACAUACACACCAUCUACUGUACAUCAGCACCACCAUGACAAACUGUUACAAAAAUUUAAAUGAAACCUGCAUUCAGUAGUACUGUGUUUAUGUAUUACACGAUUUAACAAAUAAAGGGUAGUGUAGCUGUAGCAUCAGCCUUUUUCUGAUUUGUCAUAUUAAAAUUGCUGAUCAUGGUGAAGCUAUCGGUGUGUUUAGAGCAUAUAUGAUGUGGUUUUUGAGAGCAUAAUGGCCAUGUGUGAAUAUAUUAUGGUAAGUGUAGGAAUUGAUGAAGGCUCAUUUCAGAGACGGCUGAGUUAUUACCUCAUUUGUCAGUCCCUGUUAGCAUGAUGGUAGAGCAAAGAGGCAGGUGGUGUUUUGCCAGGAGGGGAUAAGACUGGGUAAACACAUCAUUCAGUGUUGGCGACAUGAAGCUGCUUCAAUGAUGAACAGCAACAGACAGCAAUCAUAAACAAGUAGUGGGCCUUUGACGUACUAUUUAAAACUAACUUUAUCUGUGCAUUUAUGGCUUAUUUCU